AUGAUUGUUGGGGGCAUCAACAAACCAAGUACUUCAACACCACCAUCUUAUUAUCUCACACCAACCAAGUCCACCAGGUCUCACAGCUCAACAAUGACGGCUUCUUCAGCUUCUUCGACAACUAUGACUUCUAGACCAACUCCUCAUAGUCCUUUGUUACCUAUUAAGAAACCAUUUACUUCUGAGAAACCAAUUUCAAAGAUGUUGCCAAUUUCACUUUAUUAUGGAAAAUUAGAAUGUGACUAUCGUACAGAGUUUCAGUGUGGAAAUGGAUUGUGCAUGUCCCAUAAACAUUGGUGCAAUGGAGUAAUGGAUUGUCAUGAUGGAUCAGAUGAAUUGCCCAAUUGUAAAUGCUUGGAAUCUCAGUUCCAAUGUGUUAAGUCAGGUGAAUGUAUUCCUGGGGAGUCAUUCUGCGAUAAGCAUCCCCUUUGUCGUGAUUUAUCAGAUGAGCCAGAUAACUGCACUUGUAACCCUAAAUGGCAUUACCAGUGUUCUAAUUCUAUCUGCCUUCCCAUCAGCCUCAGAUGUGAUGGAAUCAACCAGUGUGGUGACUACAGUGAUGAACUCAACUGCACCUGUCGCGAUACAGACUUUAAAUGCAAAAAUGGCAUGUGUAUUCCCCUGAUAAGGUUGUGUGAUGGAAAGCCAGACUGCCCAGAUGCUGAUGAUGAAGCAAGCAACUGCACCUGUCAUAAAGGUCAGUUUCGCUGCGCCAGUGGUCAGUGUGUUCCAGAAUCUGGCAGGUGCAAUGGGCUUCAGGAUUGCCAAGAUCGGUCUGAUGAAAUUGGCUGUAAGUGCCAAGGUUUUCAAUGCAAGUCUGGACUUUGUCUCUGGGGACCUCAUUACAGAUGCAAUGGAAUAAUUGAUUGUGAAGACCUUUCAGAUGAAAUCGAUUGCCCAUGGAAGCCACGUCAUCGUCUUUGCAAGAAUGGCGUCCAGGUUCCUUCAUCUAAUUGGUGUGAUGGACAGGACCAUUGCUAUGACAACAGUGAUGAAACUAAUUGUGUCUGUCUCCAAGGUCGUGAAAUUUCCUGUGAGGGUGGGGGUCCUCCUGUAUGCAUCCCUCGUAUUUGGGAAUGUGAUGGCUACCCAGAUUGCAAUAAUGGAACUGAUGAAAUAAAUUGUGGAUUUUUAACCUGUGGACCAAAUGAGUUUCGUUGUGAUUCUGGUUCAAGCUGUUUAGACAAGUCAUAUCUGUGUGAUGGAAUUGUGCAUUGUGAUGACCACUCAGAUGAGGAUGAUUGUGUGAAACUUGUGGAAGCUUCAAAAGCAAAGUCUGCCAGUCAUCAAGUUCAGGUGAUGCUGAAAGGUGAAAAAAUGAUGAUUUGUUGUACAAAAUGGACGCAAGAUUAUUCGGACAAACUUUGCCAUUUACUUGGAUAUCGAAACAUUGGCAGCAACAUGUCAUGUGAUUUUUGGACUCCAAUAAAGAGUGGGAAAUAUUUGCGAAUCAAAAAGCGCAAAGCAAGCUUCAAAGACACAAGCCCUUCAUCAUUGCUUGAGAUGCUAAAAAUAGAUAACACAUGUGCUCCUCAUGGAACACUCACUCUUACCUGUGAAUCCAAAGUGUGUGGUAGACGUCCUUUGCUUGAUGAUCAUCUUUCUGUGGCUUCCUAUUUAAUAGGAGCUAACCUUGCCCAUAUGGCAGUUCAACGACUACGAAAUCUCAAGAUGCAUAUUUGGAGUUACAAAAUCUGUUCGAGAGUUAAUAAUUUCCAGAAACUCAACAUUAACAUGAAUUCAACAUUUUGUGCUGGUUACCGGUCAUUACUGAUGUCUGGAUGCAGAGGUGACAGUGGUAGCCCUCUGAUGUGUCAGGAUUCAGACAACAGGUGGUACCUGAUGGGCAUUAUGAGCGCUGGCAACAGAGAUUGCAAGCCAAGUAGAGGAACCCGCACACUGGUCAAUUUCUUCACUCGUACUGAUAGUGCCUUAGAGUGGAUCAACAAUGUUGUUGGGAACAGCUGGACAUGA